CUCCAGAGAACACCACUGCAUGCAUCGGAGGAAAAUAUUCUGUGGUGAAUAUGGGGACGGACGGUUAUUAUUUUGAUGUUAUGGCGGUGUAGACAUUGUCUAGUAAAAGCCCACAGAACAAGAAUCUGAAUAGAAUUCCUUGGGUUAAAGUAACAGCAUCGAGUACGAUGGUCCAGGCAGGUUUCUUGGUGCAGCUAAAGGCUCUCCUCAGGAGGAACAUUUUGUUGAAGAGGAGGAAAAAAUCUCAGACUGUUCAGGAGUUCCUUCUGCCUGUGAUGUUCACUCUGACGCUGGCCUUGUUUCGUCUCGGAUGGCCGGAUGUAAAGAUCAUGCCGGCCGUACCACAGGAGAGGAACCAGAUUGAGCCUUUGACAUUCCCGAGGCUCUCAACAAUCCUGGCGACUCCAAACAGCUCACUUGUCGAAGCAAUCUUGGAUGAAAUAAUCAAGGACGUUGGUGGAAGUGAACGCAAUUAUCCUGCAUACAUUUUGUUCAGUUCUGAACAAGAGAUGAUCCGUCAUUACAUGAACCUAUCAGAAGAGAGAUCACUCACUGUGAAGGGUAUCACGUUCAAUAACUUGGAGCCGGCGUUGAUUGACUACACGAUACGUACUGCAGCCUUGUCACUGCCACCCCUUAAAGAAGAAUUUGCUUCAUCCGAAUAUUGUCGAGAGGAGAAUUACCUGGGCUGCCCAGCUGCCAAGUAUAGAGACUGUGGGUUCCUAGAGCUUCAGACUCUUAUCAACACAGCCUUAUCCAGGGUGAUGGGUAAUGUGACGAAUCUCAAACUACCAUCAGUCUCGAUACAGUUACUACCUAAGUUCCAAUUCAAGCCCAGCAUUGCAGCAUUGAGAGGCUUGACAGCAAUCAUCCUUGUCUUCUCGUAUUCACCGCUCAUCAAUUUCUUAUUGGUUAAUCUCGUGGCGGAGAAAGAGAAGAAGAUACGCGAGACCAUGAGGAUUAUGGGAACUCUUGACGCAGCAUACUGGUUCUCCUGGAGCAUAAUCUAUGGCGUCAUCGUCACCAUAGUUACGCUAGUGUGUACUGUCAUCAUCAAGGUGACGGGUAUCCUCCCCAAGUGUGAUGGGAUUAUCCUCUUCUUCCUCCUCUUAUUCUACGGUAUCACCAUCAUGCACUUGGCCUUCGCCAUGAUGCCGCUCUUCAAGAAGGCCAAUGUAGCUGGCACGGUCGGCACAAUGGCAACACUUCUAGUUGGAUUGCUUUAUUUGCCAAUCAACAUCACUAGUACAACAGGCCUAACGGGGAUUCCUGAGACCAGCAUAUCGAUUGCUUGGCAGUGGGUCUUGUGUCUUCUCUCACCAAUAGCCCUAGGCUUAGCAGUGGACAAGGCACAGCUUCUUGAGGUAACCCAUGGAGGCUUGCACUACAACACAAUCACAGUCGGGGAGUUCCCUGUCUAUGGGUCCCUGGUCAUGCUUAUCAUCGAUUGCUUCCUGUAUGCUCUCAUCGCCUGGUAUCUUGAGAGAAUCGUGCCUGGAGAGUUUGGACCUCGCCAAUCUGCCUUCUUCUGUUUCUCCAAGAACUACUGGAUGCCUCGUAAGAAGCCUCAUGACAACAUGGAGAGUGAUCAUCUGGUGACGAAUGCUCAUGGCUCAAGCACGGCAGCAGUUGUCCACAACCCAAGGAGUGAUGUUGAGGAUGUCUCACCAGAGUUGAAGGGGAAGGAGAUGGUCAGAAUUUUUAGUGCCUCAAAGAAGUUCAAGAAAACGAUAGCGGUCGACAAUCUUAGCCUUGACAUCUACGAGGGACAGAUCACAUGUCUCCUGGGUCAUAACGGAGCUGGUAAGACAACUCUGGUCAACAUGUUAACAGGCGUCAUGCAUCCUUCCUCCGGGUCAGCCACGGUCUAUGGAUAUGAUGUAUCCGACCCAAACGAGGUCGCAUUAAUGAGGAGCAUGAUUGGGAUGUGUCCGCAGGAGAACUGUCUGUUUGAUUCACUCAGCUGUGUGGAGCAUUUGGAGGUGUAUGCCAGCAUCAAGGGGGUACUUGCCAAGGAUAUCAAAGAAAAGGUUCUAAAUGCUCUGGAUGAUGUUGGGCUUGGCGAUAAAGCAGACGCGUUUGCCAAAGACCUGAGUGGUGGACAGAAACGCAAGCUGUCUGUUGCGAUUGCUUUGAUUGGAGACCCUAAGGUGGUAUUCUUGGAUGAACCAUCCGCUGGCUUAGAUCCUUCCUCCCGGCGCCACCUGUGGUCUCUCCUCAAAUCAUUCAAGAAGGAUCGUGUCAUCGUCAUGACGACACACUUCAUGGACGAAGCUGACCUUCUCGCAGACAGGAAAGCAUUCAUCAGUAAAGGCAAGCUGAAAUGUUGUGGCUCAUCUCUCUUUCUCAAGAACCGAUUUGGAAUUGGUUAUCAUCUCACCAUGGUGAUAGACAAUGAUGCCAACGUCAGCCGAAUCACUGAAGAAGUCUCGUCUCAUGUUGAGAGAGCCAAGUUUGUCAGGCGAUUUGGACAAGAAUUGAUGUUUACGCUGCCAUUUCAUGAUGUUGGAAGCUUCGCAGGUUUAUUUUCCAAGUUCGAGUCGUCUGUUGGGAAUGAUCAGGUAGAUUUCUCCACGACAUUAGGAAUACAGAGCUACGGUGUCUCAAUGACCUCCCUGGAGGAAGUCUUCAUGAAGUUAGAGGAAGCAGAAGAGAUGACAGAUCAUCCAGAAGACGGCACAUCACACCUGAAGGACAUCAUCAUUGAUGUGCAUCGUGUACGGCCAGAAGUGAAAUUUACAGACAAACACUCUGAAAAUCAGAAUCUACUGGAGUCGAAUCCUGCGGUUAUCGGUGAUAAAUGGGGUGGGAUUGAGAUGAAACCGAUGGGGAAAAGACCCACUAUGCCUAAGUUUGAUGAAGACAAGACAAACUCUCAAUUUGACCGACUCUAUGCACUCGGGCGGCUCCGUGGCUUACAGAUGUGGCGAAAUAAGAAGAAUAUAUUCUACCGUAUCUUGUUGCCGGUGUUUUUUAUCUUGCUCGGUGCAGUGUUUCCUAAAUUCAUCAAGACAGCAGACCCAGCAAGUGACUUGGUGCAUCAUAUUGAGCCGCACGUGUAUGUCAAGAACCCUCGCGACCGGUCGCUGCCACCCCUCAUGUAUCAAAACUUCACGGGAAGAAACAUUGACGGUAUUGUGACAGGAAUUAGGAAUCAAAGCCUUGGGAUCAAAAUGGUUGACAAUGAUGCUAACUUCUCCAGCAUUGCUCCUCAUCAUAUCGGACUCUCGGUCUGGGACUUCAAGGGAGAAGUUGAUGGCUUCUACAUGAACUACACAGGACUCUACAAUGAUACUAUGGUCCACUCUCUGCCAACCAUGAUUGCAAUUGUCAGCAAUGCCAUCUAUCAACUAGUUACCAAUGAAUCAUCGUGGAAGAUAGAGACCUCAGCGAUGAUGUGGCCAGACUUACGGACUGUGAGGACAUACCGGUAUCGUGGUGGCACACUGAUGACGGUGCUAUUGUGGGGGAUGGCGAUGGUCAUAAUACCCCCUGGAUUCACUGGGGAGGUUGCACAGGACAGAGUGACGAAGGCAAGAAGUCAGCUGAGGAUCUCCGGAGUAAGACUGGGUACCUACUGGUUGACCUACUUCCUCACCCAUCUCUCACAGUUCUGUGUUUGUGCUCUAUUGACAAUCGCUAUUGCUCUCAUUAUACAGGCGGAUUCCCUAAAAUCGCCAGGAGCUAUGAUUUGUUUGGUGCUACUCUAUAUCAUCUACAUGCCUACUUUGACGUUACUCGCAUACAUCCUAUCAUUCCCGUUCAAGAGGCAUGAAACAGCUCUUACAGUGGUUUCCAAUCUCUUCCUUGUGUGUGCCGUGAUUCCCUUCUUCUUGGUCAUGACGUUGGUUCUGACUGAAGCCGGUGCCACCACAGUUCAUAUCAUCUUGUGUUUCAUUGACCCACCGUAUGCUCUCUAUGGAGGUCUGGUCUUUCUGGAACUGACAUUCCUGGCAGCUGUUCACCGCAAUGCCGAGCUUGGGGCUGGCAACGAGGCCCCAAACGUGCCUCUCGGGGAAUACCUCAAGUGGGAAAACAACAUUUUGGUUGUCUUCAUUGCUGGUAUCGUCCAGUUCUUCGUGUUCUUCAUCCUCCUGGUGGUCCUGGAUGUAUACAGUACCGGUGUCUCUCUCAUGGAUGUCUUCCCCUGCAUCAAGACCAAGAAGGCUCUAAGACCUCUUGAAAACCCUGAUAUUCCACAAUCAGAGGAUGCUGAUGUUAGCAAUGAGCGCCAGAAAGUUGACAGUAUACUUCCUGAUGGUGAAGAGAAGCCUCCCAUCAUACUGAGAAACUUGAGGAAGACCUACAAGAAGCGCAAAGCAGGCUUCUGUUCUUGCUGCGGCAACUGGGUGGCAGCGAAGACUCCAGCUGUACGGAAUGUCUCAUUCGCAGUCGAGGAGGGAGAGGUAUUUGGUUUACUGGGACCGAACGGAGCCGGUAAAACAACCACACUGAAUACGAUACUGGCAGAGACGGCACCGGACAAAGGCAGGGUGUGUGUUGGAGGACAUGACAUUCGAUCCAGCCUAUCAGAAGCGUAUGAAGCUCUGGGUUACUGUCCUCAGCACGACCCUCUCUGGGAGGAUGUCACCCUUGAAGAACAUAUCAAAUGCUAUGCUGCAAUCAGGGGGGUUCCUAAUGAGAACAUUGCAACCCUAACGAAAUUCUUUCUUGAGUCCCUCAAACUGGAGGACCACUCCAAGAAGGUAGCAAAGUCUCUUUCUGGUGGAACGAAAAGGAAGCUGUGCUACAUAUUGAGUAUGCUAGGCAAUCCACAGGUAGUCCUUCUGGAUGAACCAUCUACUGGCAUGGACCCAAAGUCAAAACGAUUCCUCUGGAACACGAUCAGUGGAAUGUUUGCAGGUAGUGAGAAGGGAGCCAUCUUGACCACACAUUAUAUGGAUGAAGCCGAUGUGCUCUGCUCCAGAGUUGGCAUCAUGGUCAAUGGCCUUCUACAGUGUAUUGGUUCCACUCAGCAUUUGAAAGGGAAGUAUGGCAGUGGUUACAUCCUGGCGUUGAAAGUCAAUGCCAGCAUACCAACUAGACUUGAGGAGCUGAAGGGACAACUUCAUGACUUCGUGAUAGAACAUUUCCCACAUGCUGUCCUGGUGGAGGGAUUUGGUAACAUGGUCACGUAUAAGAUAUUGAAGGAUGAUAUACAAUCUUUGGCCAAGGUUUUUGCAGCUUUAGAAGAUGGUAAAAGUCGAAUGAGUAUAGAAGAGUACAGCUUCAGUCAGUCAACCCUAGAACAAGUCUUUCUCAACUUUGCAAAGAACCAGCUGAUUCUGGACGAGGAUCCCAACAUCAUUGAUCUACCAGUGACAGCGUGAGGACCUAUAAAAAGACUCUGGUGUUUGUCUCUAAGCGGGUGUCGUGGCAUGAAGCACCUUUUUGACAACCUUCACUUCAGGAUGACAUACAUGUAGUACUAGUUUGAACUGGUCAGAAGAAAUGUCCAGAAUGACAUAUGCGAUAUGCGAUAGUUUAUCUCUGGAUGGGGAAUCAUGGCAUGGCUGAAAUGUUCUGGUUGAUCUUUUGGCAACUAUGUUUGAAUUUGUUGAUUCCGUUCUGUGCAGUCUUGUAUAAUCUUAUUAUCUUUUAUGCCAUUGUUAAUGUCUCUUAUUUUUGUUGUCAACUUCAUAACAAGCAGAUGAAUGCUUGCUUUACAAUAAUGUGCGGGUCACUUUAUAAUGUUACAUAAGCGAACAUGACUUAUUGUUAUUUCGAAGUCUUGCUGUACAUAAAUAUGUCAUUAUGCUUCCUUUCUUAAACUGGACAUUUUAUGGGCAUUUGAGAAGUUUUGCAGUGUAUAUCUAAAAAAAGGAAAGUUUUCAUCACUACAUGCCGGUUAAUUUUUAGCUCAGCUGACAAGCUGAGCUAUUCAUAUGAGUAAAUGGUAGAAUGAAUGUCCGUCUGUCUGUCUGUCUGUCUGUCUGUCUGUCUGUCUGUCUGUCUGUCCGUUAAACAGGCACGUUUCAAAACUAUGGCGG